AUGGCUCAUACUAAUCCAGUGAAGGUACUGGAGCAUUGCAAAAUCUCUCCACCACCGGGAUCUCUCGGAAACAAGAUCCUUCCCCUCACCUUCUUCGACAUUUUCUGGUUGCCACCCUAUCCCCAUGUGAAGGCCCUUUUCUUUUCUGAAUAUUCUUACUCUAUGCACCACUUCAAAAAUACCAUAUUUCCCAACCUUAAACACUCACUUUCCCUCACACUCCGGCACUUCUAUCCUCUUUCCGGGCAUCUAGUAUGGUCUCAAGAAUUAUCCGAGCCCGAGUUCUGUUACAUUGAUGGAGACUCUGUCUCCCUAACCUUAGCAGAAUCAGAUGGUGAUUUCCACCAUCUCUCAGGCAAUCAUGCAAGAGAUGUCAAUCAAUUCCAUUGUCUUGUCCCUACGCUUACCCCGUCAUCCAUGGUUGAUCCUGAAUUUUCAAUUCCACUUUUGGCUUUGCAAGUAACAGUGUUUCCAAACUCUGGCAUUUGCAUCGGAGUAACUGCUAGUCAUGUAGCCCUUGAUGCUAGGACCCUUGUCCACUUCAUGAAGGCAUGGGCAUCAGUUUCUGAAUCAGGAGUUGAUUCUUUGCCACUAGACUCUGCCAUUCCAUAA